UUGGGCGCAAAACGGGCCUCAAUACACGGAUCUCGUUUUGUUUCGAGAUAGUUUCGUUUUGUAGUUGUUCCGAGGGAGGGGACACAAAAUAAACUGUCGCGUUCGUGGAAAGAUAAAUAAAUCGAAAAAAGUGGGGCCCAGCGUGUUUUGAAAUCGGUUUUUGGCAUCGACAAACACCGAACUGCACUUGCAAAUGCUGCAUAAUAUCCAUUAAUUGAGGGGAUAAAAAGCGUGUGAUAAGCGCAGAAUAAUUAUAUCAAUUAUUUAAACUAUAAUUAAGGCCCCAAGCCAAGUUUCAGCCAUAAGUGCCACUGGCAGAGUUAAUAAGCCAGUUGCAGUGAAUACAGUGCCAGUUUUAAACAUAAAAAAAGGAGUUCACAUUGCAUAACCCUCAAAAAACAAGUCCAAGCAUCCCUAAAUCAGUGCAAGUAACCUCAGUGAGAGAUACACAUAUAUUGUAUAUACUUAUCUUAUAAAAGGCCCAUCAAAGGAAAUCUUCUGUAAUUUGCUCAAUUGGCGCGUUUGUCCGGCGAUCAGCGUUUGGCGGCCCGUAUCCAAGAGAUACUUUUGCAGUAUCUUUAUAUAUAAUUUGAUUGCUCUCUUUUUGUGAAGCGUGUAAACCAAAGUUAAGUGCCACAACCCGAAGAUGGCCAAUAGCAAAAUAGCUUUUUUGGCGCUUUUGGCCCUGAGUUUACUGUGCGGAUUGGCCAGUGCCACCUACAAAGUGGGCGUGGGUCGGGCGGACAUCACAGGACCGCCAGUGGAGAUCAACUUUAUGGGCUAUGCCAACAUCAAGCAGGUGGGUCGUGGCAUCCACACCCGAGUCUUUGCCCGUGCUUUCGUGGUGGAGGACGAAAAGGGCAAUCGAGUGGCCUUCGUAAGUGCGGAUGCCGGAAUGAUGGGCUUCGGAUUGAAGAGGGAGGUGAUAAAGCGUCUGCAGACACGCUAUGGAAAUCUUUAUCAUACGGACAAUGUGGCCCUGAGUGGUACCCACACCCACGGAGCACCUGGAGGAUUCCUGAUGCACCUGCUCUACGAUAUCUCCAUCCUCGGCUUUGUUCCCCAAACUUUUGAGGUCAUGGCUCAGGGACUUUACUUGGCCAUUAAACGGGCAACAGACAACCUAGUAGAUGGUCGCAUCUUCCUGGCCAAAACCACAGUGCUGAAUGUCAACAUCAAUCGUUCACCCUCAUCCUACCUAAGAAAUCCCGCCGAGGAGCGUGCCCAAUACGAACACGAUACGGAUAAGACAUUGACCCAGUUGAGAUUUGUGGAUCUGGAGAACAAUCUGUUGGGAGCUUUUAACUGGUAUGCAGUCCAUGCAACUUCUAUGAACAAUACCAACCGACUGGUGACCAGCGACAAUGUGGGCUAUGCUGCCCUUCUCCUCGAGAAGGAGUACAAUCCGAAUAAGAUGCCCGGAAAGGGUAAAUUUGUGGGUGCCUUCUGUUCGUCCAAUCUUGGAGAUGUUUCCCCCAAUAUAAUGGGUCCCAAGUGUUCGAUUUCUGGCAAUGAAUGCGAUCUGUUGUCUUCCCGUUGUCCAUCUGGCGAGGGAGAUUGUUUUGCCUCUGGACCUGGAAAGGAUAUGUUCGAGAGCACCCAGAUUUUGGGUCAAAGAUUGUCGGAUGCCGCUCUGGGAUUACUCAAUGAGCAGAGUCAGGAAUCUACUGCUCGGGAGGUGACUGGAGAUGUGAGGUUCAUUCACCAGUUUGUGGAUAUGCCAAAUUACAAUGGAAGUACCUACAACCCACUGAGCAGGAAGAUCGACAAGGUGCGGGGUUGUCAGCCUGCCAUGGGUUAUAGUUUCGCUGCUGGUACCACCGAUGGACCAGGAGCCUUCAGCUUCGAACAGGGCACCACCACGGACAAUGCCAUGUGGAACUUUGUGCGCGACUUUAUUGCUGCUCCCACGCAGGAGGACAUCAAGUGUCAUGAGCCCAAACCGAUUCUUUUGGCCACCGGCAGGGCCACCUUCCCCUAUGAGUGGCAGCCAAAGAUUGUCUCGGAUCAGCUGCUUAAAAUUGGAGAUGUGAUAAUUGCAGCCGUUCCGUGUGAAUUUACAACGAUGGCAGGACGACGACUCCGGAAUCAGAUCCGUGCAGCAGCCUCCGCCGCCGGAGGAAUCGAUACCGAGGUGAUCAUCGCUGGACUGACCAAUAUAUACACCAGUUAUACGGUGACCCCGGAGGAGUACCAGGCCCAGCGUUACGAGGCUGCCUCCACGAUCUUCGGUCCCCAUACCCAUUCCAUUUACAUGGACGUGUUCGAGCGACUGACCAAGGCAAUGAUGCGGAAUGAGACCGUAGAUGCGGGCCCAAGUCCGCCCUACAUGAACGAUGUGAUGCUGUCCCUAAACACCGGAGUGCUCUUCGAUGGACACCCCAUAAACACGGACUUUGGCUACGUCAAGUCACAGCCCAACAAGGAGUAUGGCAUUAAUGAGACCGUGAAGGUCACCUACAUAUCCGGAAAUCCGCGAAACAACCUCUUCACCGAGAAAACUUACUUCACCGUCGAGCGAAAGAUUAAUGAGGACCGCUGGAAGGUGGCCUACACGGAUGCCAGUUGGGAAACGAAGAUGGUCUGGCACCGCACCAACACGAUCCUGGGCUUCAGCGAAAUGGACAUCUAUUGGAACAUCAGUCCGCAAACGCUUCCCGGGGAAUAUCGCAUUCGGCACUCCGGAGAGUACAAGUACAUCCUGGGCGGAAAGUAUCCCUAUGAGGGCCUCACGCACUCCUUCACUGUAAAAGAGGAUUAGGUGACUUCCCCAAGACGUCCCAAUGGAGAGAUCCUAUAAAUAUUCCUGACCAGACACUUGUCGGGUCCAUCAAAAACAAAAACCAACACUGAAUCCAUGUAUUUAUUUACCAUUUGUAGGUGACGAAGGAAAAGCUUUAUUUUUGCUAAACGCGAAUAAAAAAGAUGCCAAAUUUUGUUGAAACUAA